AUGCGCAGCUUGAGUAGAUUUCUAUUCCGUCGUCCUUAAUUAUGGGUGAAUCGAUUUGCACUCCCUUUACAAAAGAAAUGUGUUUAUGGGUUCAGCAAUGGUGCUUACAAUAACUCUAACAUUAAGUUGAAAACUAUACCUCUUCAGAAUUACGCUUGUGAUCCUGAAGAGAUUGACUCUAAAAUAGGAGCAACUGAUUUCUGUCUUUUUAGUUCAGUCCAGCCUAUCUUUCCUAAUAAUCCUAUGAAUUGUUAAAUAAAGAUAGGGAAUCUAAAACGAAUCACGAGGCCACUUCUCUACACUAUCAUUUCGCCCGACAAUGGGGAAAUCUUUACAAUUGGAAUAGCUUUGAGUAAAUCAGUUGAAAAGAGUUUAAAUUCUGAACUCAAAGUAUUGGAAUAGAGAGAUGCCAAUGGAAAUAUAUUGAUCAAUGAUCCGAUGAACAAUACAUUUAAUUUGGAUAUUAUUUCAAAGUCUAGAAAUUACAGAUUCAAAAUAACCAAAAUUGAAAUGACUCCAGAUGGUAUAUUUGCCCAAGGAAUACCUUAUAAGGAUCGACCUCUCACUUAAGCAGAAUUAUAGAUUGAUAUAAAAAAUGAAGUUAAACAGAUAAGUUCUCUUGUAUCUUAAAUCAGAAAAUUGGCUUAAAUCGAUAGGAUAGAGGCAUUUACAGAAGUCAAAUAUUCUCUACUUGACUCAAGUGAAAAAUUGACAGCCACUCAAAUAGAUGAAAUUGUUUAUUAAGUAGCUGCCGGACUUUCAAAAUUGUAGACAAAUAAUUUGAAAUUGAAUACAUCUCAAUUUGUGUAAUAACUAUUAGAGAGUUAAACAUAUAUUGAAAGAUUAUUCAUUUUGAGAAAGCAACUCGAAAACAUGCAAGGAGUAUUAGAUUUAGUAAACAAACAUUUCAAAGAAUCGGAUUCCUCAUUAUUGAAAUUGCAUCAAUAAACCUUAGCCAAAUUAGCAACUGAAUAUAUUAGAUAGAAUUACCUGAAGGAUGCUCCUAACUCAUAAUCCUAUGGAGGAUCAGUUGGAUCUCAAUCCUAAGUUGGAGAAAAACAAAAGCAAUCGGUUUUAGUGAAGAAAUAUUAAGAUAAACUCUCACUAAUUACAGAUGAAUCAUCACGAGAAAAAGUCAAAAGAGAAAUUGAGAGAUUCAGUCUGCUCGAUAAGUAAAGUUCAGAAUUUCAUAAAAUUAAUUCCUAUUUAGACGAAGUGUUUAGUAUUCCAUUUGCUAAAUUCACACCUGUUCAAUGGGAUAUUUAAUAUGCAAAAGAUGUCCUAAACAAAGAAAUUGAGGGAUUAGAAAAAGUCAAGGAAAGAAUAAUUGAAAUGAUUUCAGUCAACAAAUUGAAGAAUUCAGGUUAAAAAGCUAAAGGAUUUAUUCUCCUUUUGAAUGGUCCACCAGGAACUGGUAAAACAUCUAUUGCAAAGAGUAUUGCCAAGGCAUUAAAAAGAACAUCAAGAUUCAUCUCUUGCGCAGGUGUGGCUGAUCCAACAUUCUUUAAAGGUCAUAAAAGAACUUAUGUUGAUUCAAUGCCAGGUGUAUUUAUAAGAGAAUUAAUAAAAUCAAAUACAAUGAACCCUGUAUUUAUUUUAGAUGAAUUGGAUAAAGUUUCAAAACAUCAUGCUGGUGGUGCUGAUCCAUAUUAUACCUUAUUGGAGAUUCUAAAUCCUGAAGAGAACCAUAACUUUACAGAUCACUACAUGGAUAUCAGUGUUGAUUUUUCAAAUGUGAUAUUCAUUUUAACAUCAAAUGACACACUCUAAAUGUUAGAACCACUUAAAAAUAGAUUAGAAACUAUCGAUAUUUAAGCAUACAUUCAGGAAGAGAAAUUACAAAUAGCUAAUAAUUUUCUUGUAACCAAAAGUAUAGAAAGUAAUGGAAUAAAACAAUAAAUGAUUAAAUAUGAUAAUGAAACUCUGACUAAAAUAAUUAAAGCAUGGUGUUAUUAGGAGUCUGGAGUUAGAGAAUUAAAGAGAUGUUUGGAAAAGAUUGCCAGAAAGCAUGCGACUAAUUUAUUAACUGCUAAUCCUAAUCUAUGUGAUAAAGUUGAUGAAUUGAAUUAAGUUGUAUUUGAUCCCACAAUUUCAAGCCUAGAUUUAACCAAGGAUAAAAACUUAGAACUUAUAUCAUAAUAUUUAGGACCCCCUAGUUUUGAUAUUUAAUUAGAAUAGAGAUCUAUUAAAAAGUUUCCACCUGGCUAAGUUAACAUUCUGACUGUUGGCGGUAUGAUAGGGACAUGUUUUAACAGUUGA